CCAAAAACCUAAAAGCCAUGAUGACUGGUUCUGGUUCUCCUUGUGGAGCUUGUAAAUUCUUGAGAAGAAAAUGUGUUAGAGGUUGUGUUUUUGCACCUUACUUUUGUCAUGAACAAGGUGCUACUCAUUUUGCAGCUAUUCAUAAGGUCUUUGGUGCAAGUAAUGUCUCAAAACUUCUUGCACAUCUCCCUGUGACUGAUCGUUGCGAAGCUGCGGUUACAAUUUCUUAUGAAGCUCAAGCUAGACUACAAGAUCCAAUCUAUGGAUGUGUUGCUCAUAUUUUUGCACUCCAACAACAGGUGGUCAAUUUACAAGCACAACUAGCUUAUAUGAAGGAAGAAGCAGCUCAAAGGUGUCUCAAUACCUCAAUCAUUGAAAACCCUAAUGAGAAAAACUUUGUAAAACCUAGUAAUAACAUUCUCCCUCAAGAUCUUCAAAUCCAAAUGGAAAAUAAUUCCUACAUGAGUCCUCAAUUUCUUCCCAACUUAUCCUCAUCCACUACUAAUCUCUCAACUACACAUUAUUAUAAUGGGAAUAGUACCACUUUCAUGGACCUAAACCCUAUAAUUGGAAACUAUGAAAAUUCAGGAACUUUAGAAGAAAGCAUCUCAUCAUUUUCUAACUUUGAUGACAGAUGUAAUAACUCAAUGUGGAACUUUCAUGAAGUGCAUAACCUUCAGUAAGUGGAUUUUGGUUACACUUAAUUAGCUUCAUGAAAGAUCAGAGUCUAGUUGUGUGAAAGAGUUGGUGAAGAAGACUUUAUCAAUUUUAUAUGUUGGUAUAAAUAAGCUUAGGAAGCCUAGAGAUGUGUUCAUAUAUAUAAUAAUAAUUGGAAUGAAAAUUCAUCCAAUUAGUGUUUUGUUUAA